AUGAGUAGUGUGGUUCGAAAAGGAUCGCAUUUCACACCAAAGGUGAAAAAAAGACCUGUACGCAAACAAUCCGUAGCCCCCACCCCGCCAGCUACACAGAACUCUGGUCAAGUUGAUUCAACACAACAGACUCCUACAAAGUCGAUCGAUUCAGAAGCUUUGGACCCCAAGUCUAGACCUUUGGAUGCUCUUUCACCACCUUCGACCCAAACAGUUCCUCUUCAAGAGAAUUUGCUGUCCCAAGCAAAGACCGAUAUCCUUCCGAACGCAGCUACAUCUCAAGACUCAGAUGGCGCGUCAGGAGCGGAGAAAGCUAAAGAUAUUGAAGAGCCAGCCGUGGAAGACUUCAGCGAUGGUGAAGAUUAUGGUGACAAUGAUAUAUUCAAGAAGCCCUUCGUUCAGGAAGAUAAAACGAGAAGACGCUCCUCUGCAGCUAGUCACCGCCGUCUUUCUGGUCUAGGCUCGUUUCGCGGAUCUAUAUCUGGUGCCUCUGGCCCUCUGGAAGCUGAUCAGGAAUCCUCUUCGCCUAUGAAUAUUUCGAUUCCCACAGCUAAGCCUCCCAAAAAGCGUAGACAGUCGGCCAGCUCCCGAGCUGUCAAGAUCCAACGUACUUCGAUUGUUGCAGCUCCUGAAGAACUACCCGAAGAACAGGAUGAGGAUGGUGAGCAAAGCGCACUAGAUACUUCUAAGCUUAAGAAAGAAAAGGCUGUCACAAUCAGACCCGUUGACUAUACCACAGACAUCACCGUCGGAAUCUGUCCAGUCACAAACAAAUUGCGUAAAUUUCGCACUUCGGCAGCUGUUCUCGGACACGAGGACCUUCCUGUGGCACCUCCAGAUUUGAUAACCACAAUUACCGAUAUUCGACAGAUCCCAAAGAACAUUGACAUAUCCGAUGAAGAUUUGUUUUCCAAAGUACACAUCCUGGCUGAUGAACUCAGUCUUGCAGAGCUCUGCAAACCUACAAUUAAGAUUGGUACAACGACAGAAAACUUCAACAGAGCUAGGCAGGCGCAGGUCAAAAUAGCAGCAAGGAGAGAGGAACGUAGAAAUGCUCGUGCUUUAGCGCGGAAGGAAAAAAUCUCCUAUGAAAAAGCGUUGAGAAUAAUUCAGGGAGACCUUCCACCUGAUUCAGGCCCGAAGAAAUUGGACAUUAUGGGUGAUCUUGAAGAUGAACCGGAGCCUGGUGCUGCUGUCCAAAUCACGCUUAUUGAUGGUAAAUUUCAGGUUGAUCAGGAAUCGACCGUUCUUUCCAGAAACCCUGCUGCGAAUACCAGAAAUCGUGAGGUCGAAAUUGAGAACCCUUUCGAGAACCCUAUCAAUUCAAGUUCGUUCACCAGAGUGGCUCACACGGAUACAUGGACCCAAGAUGAGGUAAUGCAACUCUACAAGGCUCUCAGUACCUGGGGACCCAACUUCACAUUCAUAACUCAGCUUUUCCCACAUCGCACGCGAAAACAAGUCAAGAGGAAAUUUGCAGCAGAGGAAAAGAAAAACCCGCAGCUCAUAGACCUCGCUAUUAAGAGAAAGCUCCCCAUGAAUAUUGAAGACUACACGCAAGCUCUACCUAGUGGAGAAAAACUCAAGUCCAUGACCGACUUUGAGAAGGAAAUGGAGAAAGUCCAGCAAGAACACCAAAAGCUCGUCGAGGAAAUUCAUAUUGGGCGCCAACGUGCAAUCAAGGAGGAUUUGCAGAAGAAGGAGAGCAUGGUCAGAAACACUGGUAUGUCGAGGAGAGAAGUCAAGCAGGCAUUGCGUAGAAACGAAGAGGUUGUUGGUGAUGUGGACGAUAUCAAACUCUCAGGGUCCGGGAUGGAUAAUUGA